GCUUAUAGUAGAUCAAUCGCAAGUUGAAAGUAUAAAUUGGGCUUCACCUCAGAUUUUAUUACCGAAAACUUUUCACUUGAACUUGACGUCACACUGGUGCUUGAUCUUGAUCUCCGUGAAUAGAACAAUCUUCUUGACAAGAAACGUCAUCAAAAUAAUAACAAUUGAUGUGAGAUUGGAUGUGACUGUUAAGGUAGUUCACGUCGUUUAAUUUGUAGUAAAUAAAUCCAUAAUGGUAAUGGAGGGAUUGUUAUUGGAGCCCACGUUGUACACAGUGAAAGGCAUGGCCAUCCUUGAUAAUGAUGGCAACAGAAUCCUGGCAAAAUACUAUGACAAGAAUGUCUUCCCGACAGCAAAGGAACAGAAGGCAUUUGAGAAGAACCUGUUCAGCAAAACCCACCGAGCAAAUGCAGAGAUCAUCAUGCUGGAUGGAUUGACAUGCGUGUACAGGAGCAACGUCGAUUUGUUUUUUUAUGUCAUGGGCAGUUCACAUGAGAAUGAGCUCAUACUGAUGAGUGUGCUGAACUGUUUGUACGACUCUGUCAGCCACAUCCUGCGGAAGAACGUGGAGAAGAGAGUUGUUUUGGAGAACUUGGACAUUGUGAUGCUCGCCAUGGACGAAAUUUGCGAUGGAGGCAUCAUCAUGGAGGCAGACUCGACAGCGGUGGUCCAGCGAGUGGCUCUCCGGCCCGACGACCUGCCUCUUGGGGAGCAGACCGUGGCGCAAGUGAGCAUUUUCUUAAAUGGAGCUCAAACCCACACACUCUCACACACCAGUAGCGUAGCCAGGAUUUGUGUGUGGGGGGGGGGGGGGGGUUAAGAAGCAUGUUCCCCCCCCACCUCCCUUUUAAAGCGGUGGGUCCGGGGGUCCUCCCCCGGAAAAAUUUUGAUUUUAAGGUGUAAAAUAGUGCUAUUUGAGCAGUUUUCGGUACUUAACUUUAAAUAUUGUAAUGGUAAAAAUAUUAUUAAUUUUUUAAUAAAAAAAUUGUUUGAGUGAUGAAGUCAGAAAUUAAUUGAAGAUAUUUUAAUCAAUCCGAGUGCCUUGUCCACGUCCACUCAAAAUAAUAAAUCAUGCUCGAAGCUCGACAAUACAAAAAAAAAAGAAAGAAUAAAAA